AUGAAUAAUCAAAAUGCCGUGGCCGUGCUGCUGCAGGAGUGCAAGCGAGCUCUGGACGCGCUCCUGUCGGCAAAGGCUGACACGGGCGAGGAAGACGAGCGAGAAUACCGGCGGUGCCAAGCUUUGCUUCCCGAGGACUUGAGGACCCUUCUGGAGGAGGCAAAGGAAAUGAAGUGGCCCUUUGUGCCGGAGAAGUGGCAAUACAAACAAGACCUUGGCCCAGAAGACAAAACAAACCUGCAAGAUAUGAUCGGCUCCAGGCUCCACGAUUUGCUGGUUUAUUUGAAAGCCUCCAUCAUGGUCAAGGACUGCGUAACGGCAGCUGCUAUUGUGUUCCUGAUUGACCGGUUCCUGUAUUGGAUUGAUGCCUCCAGCAAACUUCUUCAGAUUGCCAAGGGUCUGCACAGGCUGCAGCCCGCCACGCCGAUCGGUCCUCAGGUGCUCAUCCGCCAGGCUCGCCUCUCCGUCAACACAGGUAAACUGUUAAAAGCUGAAUAUAUCCUAAGCAGCCUUAUUAAUGACAGUGGAGCAACAGGUACCUGGCGAUACGCUAAGGAAAGCGAUAGGAUUCUCGUUCAGUCAGUCUGCUUACAAAUCAGAGGACAGAUUCUGCAAAAGCUUGGGAUGUGGUAUGAGGCAGCAGAGUUGAUUUGGGCUUCAGUUGUGGGAUAUUUCAAACUUCCUCAACCAGAUAAAAAGGGAAUUGCUACUUCCUUGGGUAUUAUGGCAGACAUCUUUGCUUCCAUGAAUGAGAAGGAUUAUGUCCGUUUUAAAGCCAAUGGUGACAUUGACCUGAGCCUUCUCCGAGAGUUCAGUCAUCGCUUAUUAUCUGCUGCUGAGGCCUGCAAACUAGCGGCAGCCUACAGCCAGUACACGCCGCUGUUUGUCCUCACAGCCGUGAACAUUCGUGGGGUGUGUUUGCUGUCCUAUAGUCACUCCAAGGACUGUCCCCCAGAAAAGAGAAAGUUCUACUUGUCCGAAGCCAAAGAAUCCUUUGAGAUUGGCCUCCUCACCAAGAACGAUAAGAGUCCCGUCACCAGCAAGCAGGAGCUCCACAGUUUUAUUAAAGCGGCUUUCUGCCUCACGACCGUGCAUCGAUGGCUCUAUGGGGAGAGUGAGAAACUCCGUGAGGUGAGUCAGCUGUGCAGAGAAGCCAUGGGAAAACUGCAUUCAUACAGCGCUGCGUUUACAGAAGAGGAAGAGAAAGGAACGCUUGCCAGAGAGAUCAUGUCUCUGAUCACAUCCGUGAAGGAGCGCCUGCAAGUGGAAAGCUUCCCUAAUUCUGAUGCCAGGUCUUACGUUCCGGACAGUUAUAAGGGCACAGUGGAAAAACCUAUCCUGCAAGGGGAAGCCAGCUUUGAGAAAAUCCUUGCCGUGCAUUCUCAGCAUCAUCUGUCAGUGUGUCAAGUGUUUGAAAACACUUGCAGGAUUCGUAAAACCGCACCAGAAGAAACCCAGGCGGGAGCCUGUAUCACAACCUUAAGAACAGAAACCAAAAACACAGACACUGUGUGUGCUACUGAAGAAAUGGUGUACCAGAGGAAAGGUGCUGCGAAAACGCUGAGUUCGCCAACAGCAGGAUGUAUCUCAGAGAGACUCAGUGGCCAAAGAAAUAAAUAUGUUGGUUCUGAUGUGAUAAUUUCCUUCGAUGAAGAGAUUAAGCCCUUAGAAAUAGAAAUCAAUGGUGAAAACGGUGUUUUCAGCAGAUGGCAAAAUAGGAGGGAAACGACUACUUCAGAGAGCUCUUGGUGCAAGCUGUCAAAAUCAAGUUCCUCUUCCAGCUGGGAGGAACUAAAUGGUAAUAGCGGCAAAGAGUCUCCCAGGGAAGGGCAGCAGCAGGAAAAGGGCUCAGCAGAGGAGCAGUGUUGCACAACAGAAUCUGAUGAAAAUGGUCAAGCUGCAGACUUGCCCUCGUUACCUCCCAGAGCCUGGCAUCCUUCUCCUCUACCUGGGAGGCUGGUAGAGAAGGCGUCACUUUGUGGAGAAGAGCUGCGGGAGGGAAGACACCGUGGAAAGUGCUCUUCAGAAAAGAAAGCAGGGGAGGUGAACAGUGCGGUUCCUUCCCUCUCCACCCCUUACUCUGUUCCUACCAGGCCAGAGGAGGAAGAGGAGGAGAAGUCCUUCUCCUGGGCGGAGCUGGGCUGCAGGACCAAGGACAGCAGGCCCCGGAGCCGGUUUGUGUGGGUCCCCCCAGAAGGAGAAACUGCAGAUAGCACAGAGGAUCCCUCGUCUGACGCACGUCCCCCCACAAAUGGGGGUGCUUCUGUACUAUCAACGAGCAUCGAGCCGAAAAUGGCCAGCGACUCCUCGGUGCGUGACUGGCUGCGGAAAUCUGCCGUGGUGGGAAACAGAUCUCUCAAAGUGCCUGAAGUUGACACCCAAGCAGAAACCACAGAUGAUGCUGAAUUUGAUUUCGUCAGUGUUGGAGACUUAGUAAACAAUUCUCCUACGGCGUCUGUUCCAGAGCAUCAAUCAACUCCCAGCGCACCAACAGCUUUGCCCUCGGGGGGAAUGUUAUCCAUAACUGAGCGUUUUGACUGUGCCACUACUGAAGAAGAUGAAGAAAAGUCUCAGGACGUGGUCAGCGGCAAGAGACAAUCCAGUUCGUCUCUGAGUUCAUGGUACAAAUCAGUGCAGAUGCCCAAGAGUUCUCCUGAAGGUUCAUUUCUGAACCCAAGGGGAAGUGGUCUUACCUUCACGCCUGGGAGAACGAAGGAAGAAAUCCUCGACACUCGAUUUCUGAGGGACGAUGAUUACAUGCAGCUUCUGGCAGGGGUAGAACAUAAUUGGCUGGUCCAGAGACUGAUGCCUACUGGAAUUUUCAAGGCUAAACAGCUUCAUAAAGCAUACUCUGCUCUUCUUUUAAAAUACUCAAAGAAAUCAGGCCUCUGGACAGGCCAAGAAACGGCUGUAUUCGUUGGGGACUACCUGAACGUGGCAAAGGAAGGCAAACAGAGAAGCGCAUUUUGGAUACACUUCCUGCACCAAGAAGAAAGCUUGGGAAGGUAUGUUGGGAAAGAAUAUAAAGAAGAAAAAGGACUACUUCAUCAUUUCAGUGACGUGGAACGGCAAAUGACUGCCCAGUACUAUGUGACGGAAUUCAACAAAAGGCUGUAUGAGCAAAAGGUCCCUACCCAAAUCUUUUAUAUCCCGUCUGCAGUACUCCUGAUACUGGAAGACAGAACUAUAAAAGGAUGUGUGAGCGUGGAGCCCUACAUCCUUGGGGAGUUUGUGAAGCUGUCCAACAACACGAAGGUAGUAAAGAAGGAGUACAAAGCCACAGAGUACGGUCUGGCCUACGGCCAUUUCUCCUACGAGUUCUCCAAGGGAACAGACGUCGUCGUUGAUCUGCAAGGUUGGGUGACGGGUAAUGGGAAAGGUCUCAUCUACCUCACCGACCCCCAGAUUCAUUCUCUUCAUAGCAAAGAUGUUUCACGCUCCAACUUCGGGAAGAAGGGAAUUUAUUACUUCUUCAACAAUCAACACGUGGAGUGCAAUGAAAUCUGUCGCUGCCUUUCUUUAACAAGACCCUCAGUAGAGCUGCCAGCGUAG